CUGGACGUGACGUGGUCCCUUCGCGCCAUGCGCCUAUACCUUUACGCCUUCAUCUUCGCCUCUUUUUGCGGCUUCCUCGCCGCUGCCCAAAGCCCAACCCAUUCGGUUACUUCAUUCGAAAAUCUUCCAGCCCGGCUCUUCUACUUUGAUGACACGACUUCGAUCAUUUACCACGACUCUGUGGAAGGGAACGUAUAUGUUUCCGACGACGAAGGCAAAAGCUGGCAUCGUGCAGAAGACAUUCCAAAGGGAGAAGCGGUAAUGGUUAUUGAGCACCCUUUCGACAACAGCUACGCUUUUGUGCUGACGCGUACGAAAACCCAUUAUCGAACAGAAGACCGGGGCAAAAGCUGGCGUAGCUUCACGGUUCCUAUUGCUCCAGCUAUGAUUCAACGACCGCUUUCUUUUCACUCUGACCCCAAAAAAUACGGCUCCAUCCUCUUCCAAGGCACUGCUUGUGAAAAGAGUGGCUGGAUGUCAAUUUGCCACGACGAGACCUAUAUAACCCACGAUGCUUUCGGUUCCGAAGCCAAGUUAAUGCUUUCCGAGACCUCCAGGUGCCAAUUUGCUCAUAGCAGUGCCGACUUCAAACAUGAAGCCCACUCAGACUUGGUGUAUUGCGUCGCGUUUGACACGAAGACGACCAACAUGGGCCAUGCCCUCUCCUCCUCCCGCCUUUACUCGAGUACAGACUUCUUCGUUAAAGACAAGAAGGUCGAAGAUCUUGGGAUUGGCAAACGAGCGAAUGGGGUUGUCGCCUUUGCGAUCGUAUCGAAAUAUGCAGUCGUAGCUCUCAAGGAUCUCUCACCCAGUGGCAAAGGGGAAAUGCUGCUCUAUGUCACGAUCGACACCAAAACUUGGGCCAAGGCUCUGUUUCCCCAUGGCUCGUCAUCUCGACUGCGCGAAAAUGCUUACACCCUUGUCGAGUCAACAACGCAUUCCCUCGCUGUCGAUGUCGUGCUGCAAGAUAUGAGCAGUAUUGGCACGCUUUUUGUCAGUAACUCGAAUGGGACUUUUUUCGUGGAAAGCUUGAAGGAUACGAAUCGGAACGAGUUGGGCUUUGUCGAUUAUGAACGCAUCUAUGGUGUUGAGGGGAUAGGCAUAGCUAAUGUCGUUUCCAACGCCAAUGAUGUUGAAGGACGUAAUGAACCCAAACUCCUUCGCUCCCUCAUCACUUUCGACGACGGCAGUACAUGGCAACCAAUUCGCGCUCCCUCUAAAGACAGCUCUGGUCAACGUGUGGGUUGUAACACUGAUAAUAUCGAAGACUGCUCGUUGCAUCUCCAUUCCGUCACCACACCACACAACUUUGGACGCAUCUUCUCAUCGCCUGCUCCGGGUUAUGUUAUGGGUGUUGGGAGCAUCGGUCGCACACUCCUACCCUAUGAGGAGUGUGAUACCUUCCUGAGCACUGAUGCCGGAUUGACCUGGAGCAUGAUUAGGCAAGACGCACACAAGUACGAAUUUGGCGAUUCUGGGAGCAUUCUGGUUGUCGUAAAUGACGAGGACGGAGUAGAUGAAGUGCGGUAUUCGCUAAACAUGGGUAAAAAAUGGCACACCUAUAAAUUCGGCAUUCAACUCCGAGCUCGUGCCUUAUUAACUUUACCUGAUUCGACCUCUCAGAAAUUUCUGCUUCUUGGCCAGGUCGCUCGCAAAGAUCAAACCAAAGACAUUGGUCGUUUGGUUCUCAUACAGCUUGACUUUGACGGUACCCGUCAUAGUAAAUGCCAAGAGAAUGACUUCGAGAAAUGGUAUGCCCGCGCGUCAGCUAGUGAGUGCAUUAUGGGACAUAAGCAAUGGUACAAACGACGAAAAGCUGAUGUUGAGUGCUUCGUCGGCGAAAAAUUCCGUGACCCUGUGGAGCACGAAGACAACUGCUCAUGCACAGAUGCCGACUAUGAAUGUGACUACAACUUCAUCCGAGAUGGUGCCAAAUGUGUUCCAGCUGGGCUUGAAAUCCCGCCAGCCGGUUCUUGCCGGACACCAGAUCAACAAUACGAGGGUUCUUCCGGGUAUCGCAAAGUUCCUGGAAACACUUGCACUGGCGGCACUAUAAAAGAUCAAAAAAUAUCCAAGCCGUGCUCAGAUGCGCAGCCCGCUGAAGGAGCUGUCACACACAAGACGAACCAAUUCCCUAGUUCCAUUGCACAACAUGCAUACUUCAAGGACUCCACGACCAUCCUCGUUCGACUGGAAGAUGGUACUAUGUGGCAGUCAAGUAACGAGGGCUAUACCUGGGAGGCCAAGUUUCCCACCGAACAGUUUGUUGCGUUUUAUCAUCACAAGUACAGCAACGACAGGGCAUACCUGAUAACCGCUUCUUCCAAGUUCUACGCUACGACGGACAGUGGGCGAACUUGGAAUCCCUAUACGGCACCAACGCCGCCAAAUACUUUCCGAGCCCAGGUCUUGCGGUUCCACCCAGAUGCCGAUAAAAUUAUAUGGACUGGUAAUCGCGACUGCGACGGAGCGCUGGCACAAAAUUGCCAUGCUGAGGCCCAAUAUUCCCGUGACCAUGGACGAACUUGGUACUAUGUCGACAAUUAUGUCAUCAAUUGUGCUUGGGCCAAGGAUCACAAACUUGAUGCCGACCCAACUGAAAUUCUAUGCGAGUCGUAUAAUAAAAAAUCGGGCUCUCAGCGUUUCUUCCAAUCCGACAAUCCACUGGGUCUUGUAGCAGGCUCAAAUUACUUCCGGAAUAAAAAGAAGCUUUUCGACCAAGUGGUCGGAUUUGCCAAGUUCUCCGAGUUCCUUGUUGUCGCCGAGCUCUUACCGAAGAAAAAAUCGCUGGAUCUACAAAUCUCUCUCGAUGGUGUCAGGUUCGCAACAGGAAUGUUCCCACCAAGCAUGCACCCUGAAACCCACGCUUAUACCAUCCUCGAAUCGAACACUGGCUCGCUUUUCCUCCUGAUGACCAUGUCCGACGCGCCUCAUCUGCAUUGGGGCAAUAUUCUCAAGUCAAACUCCAAUGGAACGUACUUUGGACUGUCUGUCGAAAAUGUCAACAGAGACGAACGCGGCUUCGUGGACUUUGAGAAGAUAAUUGGAUUAGAUGGAAUAGCCCUUAUCAACGUCGUGGCCAACCCUCAGGAAGCCAUUCUAACCGGCCGGAAGCAGCUUCAAUCAAGAAUCACUCACAACGAUGGUGGCACCUGGAAACCCCUGAAUCCUCCCAAGCUGGACUCACAUGGCAAAGAGUAUCAAUGCACCAGCACCAAAUGCGGCUUACAAAUUCAUGGAUAUACUGAACGCACCGAUCCUCGAGCGACUUACAGCAGUCCCUCUGUGGUUGGACUCAUCAUGGCAGUCGGUAACGUUGGCGAGGCGCUUGCCCCAUAUGAUCAGAGCGACACUUUUCUCAGUCGGGAUGGUGGUUUCAGUUGGGAAGAAGUCCAUAAGGACGCGCAUUUGUGGGAGUUCGGAGACUCUGGCUCGAUUCUCGUUAUGGCGAAUGAUGAACAACCCACGGAUCGAAUCUUAUACAGCACAGACGAAGGCCUCAGCUGGCACGAAUACCAGUUCACUGAAGAAUCGAUGCGCGUUACAUCAAUUGUGACUGUUCCACAAGACACAAGUCGCCGAUUCAUCCUUAUGGGCAAGAUGCCGCACCAAUCGAGCUCGACUGUUGUCUAUAUCGACUUCACUGCUCUGACGUCAAAGAAAUGUUCAAUUAGCAUUGACAAUCCUGGUCAAGAUGACUUUGAGCUCUGGAGUCCCAGCGAGGGACGGCAAGAAGAGUGUCUUUUUGGCAGACAGACUCUCUAUCAUCGAAGAGUGCGCGAUGUCAGUUGCGUAGUCGGUGACCAGCCCAAAGCUCUGGAUCGUAUUCAGCGGAACUGCCUUUGCGCGAAAGCCGACUUUGAAUGCGAGUUCAACUACCAGAAGAACGAUGCAGAUGAAUGCGUGCUUUCGCCAGGCAUGUCGCCGUUACCGCCUGACGAUUCAUGUCGCAAUGGGGAGGAAUACUGGUACGAGCGGACUCCUUACCGCAAAAUAUCUUACUCGACAUGCGAUGGCGGAGACAGACCUGACCGUGGUCAACGUCACCAAUGCCCCGGAUUCAAGGGCCAUAGUGGCUUCUUUUGGUUUAUUGUGCUAUUGAUUCCCGUCUGUUUUGUUGCUUUGGUCGCCUAUUACUACUACCAAACCAGCGGGCUUGCUCGCGGCAACAUUCGCCUCCCUGGUGAUGGAUCUAACUUUGCGCGCAGAUCCGGUGGUGUUAUUGACACGGUGGCAUCAGUCCCCUGGUUCCUCAUUGGCCUCGCAGGCAUUGCAUGGGAGUGGACGACAUCCCGUUUCCAAACCCGAUUCCCCAGCAGACGAGGUUAUAGGAACUUACCUAUCGACGAAGAUGCCCAAAUCCUACGGUUUGAAGACGAAGAUUGA